AUGCUUCUCAAGAACAUCAUUUUGCUUGUUGGGGGGGUGUUCGCGGCCUCAGCCUACGGGCAAGACUCGAAGAGCGAGUCUAUCGCUCUUGGAAACGGUCUUGCACCGUCAAUGCAACCCUCCAAGCCUCAUAAGAGACUUCACACCAGGGAGUUUUUCCCUGUAGUAAACUUCGGGGCCUCUGGGCCUCCAUCAACUCGCUGGGCUCCUGUGAAUAAGCCCACAGGGUCCCAGCUCCAAACCAGGGAGUUUUUCCCCGCGGUUGACUACGGAGCAUCAGGGCCUCCACCAAAACACUGGGAUCCUGCCAGUAGACGCGCCGCUAGCGCUCCAAUCACCCCCCCGUCCCCCCCGUCCCCCCCGUCCCCCCCGGCCCCCCCGGCCCCGUUAGUCUCUGAGCCGCCAGUUGUCCUCUCGGAAUUCGACAUUGAACCCCUCGGCGGCCCCGCUUACACUUAUCGUCAGUGGGAGACCCCGAAGAUGACUCCCGAGGAGGAGGCCGACCGUGAAACGUGGAAGGAUGGCCCACCACAUACUCCGGGCGAGUUUGAGUUCUCGUUGGCUUUUGCUUGGCAGGCUUUCAAAGAUUUGCUUUCGUUGUUGCCUAUAAAAAGCGCGCUGUCUCCUUGA